AUGUCUUCUGGAACGGAUUUCAAAGGGACGGUUCUAAAAGUGCGCCGAGAGGUGCAACUGUCCGGUGAUUCCAAAUCUUUGCUACGUGUAUUAAAAGAAACAAAGAGCUGCUUGGACGGAUCAGCGAACAAACCCAACUACACGGUAUGUGUGGCCCGUAUCGCGAAAGAGCUAGUGGACUGGGUUGCCAUAAAGGAGGAUAAUGAUCUUCAAACUGUUGCCGCAAAGGAAUGUGCCGAGCUGCUGGAAGAGUUUCUACGAGUUUGCCACCAGGCUGACAGUACAACCAGAUCAUACCUUGUGGUACGACUGUACAAUGCAUUCGUUGCGCUUCUACGAAAAGAUGCUAACCGUGGGCAUACCAGAACGAAGUUGUACAUCGCUCGCCUAAUGAAUCAGUUUCCAAUUGUGAACGAUCAGGCAGACCUUUUUGUACGGGUGAAGCAAGUCGUCCUUAAGACAGUACACGAAGCCAAAGAAGCGAAGGAACUAACAGAGGAGGGUGCAGAUUUGGUAAUAGCAAUGCAACGCAAUUUGUUAAUCCACGGGGCCGGUAAUGCACGAACAUCGAAGGAUGGAAUUCGUCAGCCGGCGUUGACUCAUUUCCGUGAAGUGUUCAAUAGCGGGAUGGCCGUACUGUGCCGGUUGUAUGCCGUCAGCCACAAAAAAGCUGAGCUACUCUACGAAACCAUUAUGGAUACGAUGCUAACGAUCGUUAAACCGGACGAGCGAGAACUAAUCAGCUUGCUGGAUGAUAGCGUUACUUUUGUGGAAAACAUACUCGGGUAUGCCGGACGGGAAAAUGGAGACUAUUAUCGGUUUGCCGAAUUUUUCACCAUAUUCAAAGGUAUAAGGAGCGAACCGUAUGCUAGCUGCUACCAGUUGGUAAACAUGAUGAUGCAGCUCAUUAAACAAAUUCAACCAACAGAACAACAAAUCGAAAACAUCACCAAACACGUACGGUCAGUUCACGGAACGUUUGCCGACCAUCAACUGGUGGUUAGGGUAACUAUAUUUAUCAUUUAUCAAGCUAUCCCGUACCUGUCUGGAUUGCCCCAGGAGUAUUCGUUGAACGUUUCCCAUGCAGCAAUUGGACUCUGCAAAGCGCUUAUGCGUUUUUUGUUCCAGUAUCCGUCGGUCGCCGUGCCCGAGUUGUGUCGCACGUGUACAAGCUCCUGGCGUCAUCUGGUCGAUAAGCUGCUGAGCAUAUUGAUGCAUUUUAAUGUCGUUCAAGCUAGGAAUGCGACCGAACAGCGACACGAUCUCAACAACUUGUCUUAUUCGGUAGGUCGAAGUUGUGAGUUGAUCAAACGGAAACUAGCAAUGCUAGGAGAGCUUGGCUGUGAACGAAAACGAUCGUUAGUCGAAGGUACGAUGCGGCACGGCAUCUCCUGGCUAAAGUUUGCCGUAACGCUUCUACGCGAGGAUAAUCAUGCGACUACGGAGGAAGCGGUACAAAUUGUAAACACCAUCAAGCUGCUCAUAGCCGUACAAAAUCGAUACCGGUAUGAAUUUUUAGCUGAUUUAUACCUCGUACGGCUAUUGGAGAACAGCUACACCGAUCGGCCCGGAGCGAGUGGAGUUGCAUCAUGCUGGGCGAAUAUUAGCAUUCGAUUGCUUAAGCUUUUGCUGACGCUGCGUGACGCACCGUCGAACGAGGAGGAACACAGGGCAACCAUCAGUUCGAUCGUACGGUCGAUCAUGUCCUACCAAAUGAACGCACCAGACACGGAUUCGGUCCGUACGUUCACCAUUCUACAGCUGUACGAUCAUCCAUUCUUCGAUCGGCAUAGCUUUACCUUCGAUUGCUUACCAUCGCAUGCGGAAAAGGUUACCAUUUUUGCUGAGGAAAUUGCGCUGAUGAUAAAAUACAAGAAGUCCAACACACUUCCGCCGUGGGAUUAUAUGGUCGAGCUGACGAAGGUGGUCGAUAUUCGUGAACAUUGUCUCUCCUUUGGCAUGGCAUUGCACGGAUUCAAUGAGAAUGAUGCCGGCAAGCUACCAGAGACGAUGAUGGAUACACUGCUAGAUGUUUUAAUGGCGUUCCAACCGGCGAACACACAGGAGCGCAUUAAACAUAAGGCUGCACUUGGCAUAGUUUGCUACUACACGUUUAGCUCGAUUAACCGAACGUCUAUAAACCGUUUACGGGAGGUUUCCUUUAAAACGGGCCUCUGGCGCAACGAGCAAAUCGAUGAGGUACUGAUCGAGAACCAGCUUGACCGUGAGACGGCGCUUUUCAAACGGAUGGAAGCGAUACGGCUACAUUACGCCGAGUUGUUGGCUACAUUGGCAGCGGAAAGCUUUCAUUCGCUUUGGGUACUGCCUUCGGUUACGCAUAUAUCGAGCAUACUGGAUAAUAUCGCUCGCUUGUACCAUCUGAACUAUCAUCCGCAUCGAGCGGUUGAGUUGCAGAGGUUAAAUUUACUUCUCGUCGCUCAACGGCGUGAUAUACGACCGCUGGAUCAAUGCGCUUCGCUAGCCUUCCUUCUUGAACAGCACCAGCUAGCGGAUGUCCACUUCAGGCAACAGCACGAAACCUUGCCACCACAUGCUGGAGGUUCACUAGCUACUUUGGAGGAUUUAGCAAAUCGGGCGAAAAGCUUAUUGCCGCCAUCUGGCAGUAUUGACGACGUGCCGGAUAAUCGAAAGUUUCAAUUGUUAAAUCUAUACCUUGGGCUCGCGGUGUACUAUGCCUCUCGGCGUAAUCUGGUAGAGGCGUUUCGUUUGAUUCAGCGCGCCCUAGACCAUCUGGAUAGAUCUACCAAUGUCGAUACAGUCAGACAAUUGUUACAGGGACGUAUGGCACAGAUAAUCUUCCGGUUUGCUACAGAGUACGGAAUGCCGUGGCCCGAUUCUGUGCCUCCGCUAGUGUUCAUGAGACGAAUGCUGUUAAGUUUCAGUGAGCUGCAGAAGCUUGCGAGCGAACACAUAUUUACACUGUCGCUUGCCACGGUAGACAUGACGGUAGAUGUACUGCAGUAUCUAAUCGUUCGGUACGAUACUGGACCGAUGAUUGAACCGUACGUGGAGCAGCUGCUUAAGUUCGUGCUGCGUAGAGGUGCUGGUUUAAGGGCGAUACAGUUGUUGCUACUUUGCGGUCAGAUGUAUGCCGAUAUGCAGAAGUUGGAUCGAUGCGAGAUCAUACUCACGUACCUUGACCGAUUACUAAUGUUACUUCCUAUUCUGUCGGAAGAAGGAAAAGGAAAUGGGAAAGUGAUCGAUGAUCUGUCCCUAGCGGGAAGUAAUAAAAUUGCUCUCUAUAAGGCAGUCAAUAGCUUACCACUAUCCGGUAGCACUAUCAUAAACGAGGAUCUCGUUGAUGUUGAAAGAGACGCGGCACCAAAGCACCGACACACUCCUACAUUCUACGCAGGAAGAUCUCCUGUGAGGAAUGAAAUAACAGCGAAUGCAACGAAUAUACAGCAGUACCUAAUGUUCCAUCAUUCAUCGGCAUGCGACUGUCGCUACUGCAGCUAUCCACAGUACAAAUCGAUGGCAUAUCAAACGGCUGCCCUUGCUGUGCGAUUAACCGUCCUGCAGCAGAGUAAAUCGACGGAACACAUCGAACGCGCGUACCAAACACUGAUCGAACACUGGCGGGUGCAGGUGUAUCCACAGUUUCUUACCUGUACCGUGCCAGUGUACCGGACGCAUCUGUCCGUAGCAGUAACACGAACCCUUGUGCAUCGUGGUCAGUUUCUCGUCCGGCAGCAGCUGUUCGAGCGUGCCCGUGAGGUGUACGGCUGGGCCUUGGAGCUUAUCGAGCACAGCAUCGAUCCAGCAUUGUCCACCGACAUUCGCUAUAAUAUCAAAGCAUUAGAUAUGUUGGUGCAACGAUCGCUGCAACAAUCCAACCUUCCUCCUCCAAAACGUAGCCGAUCGAUGAUUGAAUCCCGUUACGCCGAGUUGCUUGCAAGAAAGCGUGAAGCGAACACUCCGGAGAUGGGUUCAUUGACUACCAAUCAGAGCAAUUCGAUGAUGAAAACUCCCAAGACGGAUAGGGUAGCUGUGUGUACACGGUCACCACCCAAAACGGUGGAUCGUGUGACCGAGUUGCUACGGCAGGCAACGUCACGACGCCAGCAACUAAAAACCACCGAACCGGACACAUUCCUAGUGUCUGAUAGUAUUAUCCCCACGCGUCCAUAUUCCGCAUCAGCCCGUAAGCCAAAAACAGUCAACGUUUUCGUGGAUUCUCCACCGAAUCGUACAGUGGUUCCGGCAACUGUUGGUAAAAUGUUAAAACCGGCUUCCAUACCGUCAACACAGACGGUGGUCAAGUCCAAAGCAAAGGUACCUAAAUCCGACGUGGUUGAUGUGACAGACGCAAGCGAUAGCAAUAAAACGAACGCUAAGGGUAAGUUGAGUAGUUGCCGUACAACAAAGCGCGGUAUGAUUACGAAACCAACAACGGAAAAGCUUAAUCUAACAACACCAAACCGUAACAUACAUUCAUAUAAGGAUGCUUUGGUGAACGAAAGUCCUACGUGUACUCCACCACCUCGCACGACUGGUGAAAAUGUUACCGGUCGCAAGGUUCGUCGCUUCCCAGAGUUCCCCAGUCUAAGCGUAUCGAGCAACAGCGACGUGUCAACGAAAACACCCCUAACCGCAAAGAAACGUAGCGAUAGUCCGGCACUUAAUGGAUCAUUCAGGGAUGCGCUGGUACUCGGUGGUGCAAUAAAAAAGCACGAUAACGAUAAUGACGCGGUGAUCGUGCUGGACGAUUCACAUGAUACCAGUCAUAAAUCGGACGAAGCGAUCGAUACAAGCAUUGUGCAAAGCCAUGCCUUUUCGGCGGAUAAAAGCAGCGGACUUUCGCUUAAGUCGUACUCCGAUCGGAGGCGUUUGCUCGAUAGCGGUGGCUAUGCGCUGGCUUCACCGGCUGUCCGGCCAGCGGUAACGAACCAUAGGACACCGCAGUUGGUAACCAAAACGAAGCUAAAAUUUGGUGAACCAAGUCCAGAACCUAGCGCCAACGAUGAUGCGAAGCAAUUAGAAGCGGAAGUAAGUAGCAGUAAUAAAAAAGCCAACACGAAGCUGGCAGAUGGAAAGCCGAUACGUUUGAAUGGGAAAAUAUCUGCAAAAUCAGUACCAAGCACAGUUGAUAAAGCGAGCGCCGUUCCAACGGUGGAACCUCGUAUAAGUAGUAUUGCUUCGCGCAUAAGAUUACGUCGGAAACGAAUCUGAAAACUGAAGCUAACUUGUUGAAUUAGAAUAUGCGCCAUUUGUAUGUUUAUUUGUAGCCGAAGUAACCGAUUUUUGUUAAUUAUAUUAAUUUAAUUAGUAGCCAUUGUAUCGCUGAACUGAAACAAAUCUUGAAAGUCUGUUUGGAGAGUAGAAAUAAAACGUUUAAAUUGAAUUUACAU